AUGUGUGUCAAGCAGAAAGAUUUUCCACAGAAAAAAUGGGCUCCUUGUCCUUCACUUAGACCGCAUCUUCCAAUUGAUUGGCCUUGUAUCAGAGCGGUUGAAUUGUGUAAUGGAAAUCGAGAUUGUCCAAAUGGUGAAGAUGAGGAACCGAACAUGUGCAUGUUUCAUUCUUUGAAUCAAGGAUCAUUGCGUCAAUUGCAGCGGGACUUUUUGAGAUUCAGUGCCAUAUACGGAAUUCGACUAACCAAAGUGAAACUGAGUUUGGGAGAUCCGCUUGACCAGCAGUCUUCGAGCAAUGUCCAAUUCGACACGGUCGAUAAAUGUGAACAUUCGAACGGACGACGACGCAUGAAGAAGCUU